AUGUUGGUCAAUAAUAGUCUAUUUCAACAUAUUAAUAUUGAUCAAUUAUCAUCUGUUGAUGUUACUAUCGAUAGCAUAGCCUAUAUUAUAUUUACAAGUGGUUCGACAGGAAUGCCAAAAGGGGUUCGAGUUCGACAUAGAAAUUUCAUUCAAAAUAUCUAUUCUUUGAUGUCCAUUGAUUCAUUUACUAACAAUGAUACAGUGAUUCAAAUGGCAAGAUGUUCGUUUGACAAUCAUAUUCAAGAAAUUAUUGGUUCAUUAAUAACUGGAGCUGCAAUAAUCAUGCUUCGUCCAAGAGGAACUGUUGAACUGAACUAUCUUGCUGAGAUCAUGAAAAACAAACAAGUUACUUAUAUGCACUCUGUACCAAGUUUACUUGGCAACUUUUUCACUUUUCUUAAACAGAAUCAUUAUUUACAUUUCAUAAAAUACAUUAGAUCACUUUGUACUAUCGGUGAGUCAUGCUCUAUGAAGUUAGUCAACUUAAUCCUCACAGAUCCUACCCAGCAUUUUAAUUUUUGGAACUGGUAUGGUUUAACAGAAACUACUGUUGCUUGCACUUUUUAUCCGGUAAACAUUAAAUUCAAUGCAGACAGUAUCCCAAUAGGACGUCCAUUGCCUAAUUAUCGAUAUUUGCUCUUUGAUAAUUUCUUACAAUUUGCCAUCAUUAAUCAAGAAGGUGAAUUAUUUAUAGGAGGUGUAGGUGUUUUCGCUGGUUAUCUUGGUCGUGAUGAUUUGACAAAUAGAGGACUGAUUGAAGUCGAUGGUGAAAUAUUCUAUCGAACAGGUGAUCUUAUUCGAAUGGGUUAUAAUGGACUUCUUUAUUGUGUAGGUCGAAAGGAUUUUCAAAUUAAAUUACAUGGGCAACGAAUUGAACUUGGUGAAAUCGAACGAUGUUUACUUAACAUCUCAUCCACCUCUGCUUGUGUUGUUAUGAAAUGGAAAGAUGAUUAUUUAGUUGCUUAUGUUCAAUCUUCUUCUCAUAUCAAUGUAGAAGAACUACGUCAACAUUGUGAAUCUCAUCUUCCACCACAUAUGAUUCCAUCUUUCUUUAUUAUUCUUGAUAAACUACCAUUGAAUCCAAAUGGUAAAAUAGAUCGAAAACUUCUUCCUUCACCUCACUUUUCAUCAAUACAGCUUACAAACAAUAUUGAUUUAAUAAUACCAAGCAAUGAAAUCGAAGUUAUUCUUCAUUGCAUUUGGUGUGAUAUACUGAAACAAAAACAAAUUUCAAUCGAUACAGAUAUCUUCAGUAUCGGUGGUCAUUCACUUAUUAUUAUGAAACUAUUUCAUCAAUAUAAAGUAGAAUUUCAUUUAGAAACUAAUUCUCUUUCUAUUACUGAUCUAUUUCAACAUCCAACAAUUGUCGAUCAUGCUAAAAUUAUUCAUCAAAUCGGCAGAAAUAAAAAGAACAUUCAUGAUUGUCAAUGGCUUUCCUUAUAUCUGACUGAAGCUCCAGUAUCUUAUGCUCAGGAACGUAUUUUCUUAGACGAACAAAUUCGAUUUUCAGCAACAGACAAUACUGAUAACAUGUACGUUAUUUCAUUAAUGUACCGUAUAUCAUCUAUAAAUGAUCAUAUAUCUAUUUCACGAUUACAACGUGCAUUUCAAUCUAUCAUAAAAAAACAUCAAAUUCUUCGAACAGCACUUUAUAUUGAUGAUAUAAAUAGUAAUAUUAUACAACACUGUUUAGAUGCAGAGAUUGUUCUUAAUGAUAAAAUGAAAUUCAAUGGGUUGACAAUCGUUAAUAUUUAUGAUGAUGACAACCGUCAUAUGAAUGAAAUGGUCAAAAAAAUAUUAAAUCAAGCUGAUUUAUUUGAUUUAUCAAGAGGACGUGUUAUUCGUUGUCAUAUUCUUCGCCAUUAUCAUCAACCUCCAGAUGUUAUCUCAUAUGAGAAUGAUGAUCUGUUGAGUGAAAAUGAUCACAUAUUACUUAAUAUUCAUCAUGCACUGUUUGAUGGAGCAUCAAGAUCGAUUUUCCUUCAUGAUAUUUCUUUUGCUUAUCAGUCUGAUGAUUCUUUAUCUGCGGAUGAUAACUCAUUGAAUUAUAUAGAUUAUUCUGUGUAUGAGCAUAUCAUCGAUAUGUCAUUAUCCCGUGAAUUCUGGCAUUCUCAACUUGAAGGAUAUAAUAUCGAAUGUUCAAUAUCAUUACCAUUUGAUCGACAACGUUCAUCAACUAAUCAACAACGAUCAGGUUUAGCAUCCAUAGCUGAAAUCACUUUCGAUAAUGAAUUAUGCACGUCAUUUCUAAACUAUGCAUCAUCGCAUCACCUCACACUGUUUCAACUUGGAUUAUCCAUAUUUUAUGUCUUCCUAUUCAAGUUAACUCAUGGUGAAAAUGAUUUAUGUAUUGGUUCUAUUAAUGCUAAUCGAUAUCGAAGUGAAUUAGUGAAUAUGAUAGGAAUGUU